UAGUUGCCAGAAUGAAGGUCCACCCUUGAAGCCAUCGGCGCUCGAUCUUUCUGUUGCUUCUCUUUGCGAUGCUGACAGUCCACACUCUCGGUGGCUCAAGCUACAUCCUGGAGCCUGAGGAGGGCAUCGUGCGCUGCCUGGUGGCAGAAAAGCUGGGGCAGCCCAUCAUGAGGACGAGAUUGGUUUCUGCGGGAGCCUUGCUUCCAUGUGAUGCAACAUGGGAGGAUCUAGAUGGGGUGCACGAAGUGGAGAUGGUGUCACUUCCCGCGGUCAUGGACUUCGCUGCGGAUUUGUUCCAGGCAGUACAGAAGGGCACAGCCCGUGAGGUGGAAGCAAUCUUGCUGAAGUGCCAGGAUCCGAACUGUCGAGAUGCCAGAGGCAAUUGGGUCUUCUUGAAGGCCAGUGGAAGUCGAAGCCCCCAAAAACUGGAGAUCCUCCGCCUGCUCUUUGCUGCGGCGGCCGACAUCUACGUUGCUGAUCGUGGCGGGCGCCGGGCGUUGCACAUAGCCGCCAGCCAGGAGGAUGCUGAGGUACUUCGCUUCUUGCUGCAGGCUCGUGCGGAGACAGAAGCGGCAGACACCUUCGGCUGCACCGCGCUGCAUUUGACGGCGCUUAGAGACUCCGGACAGGCAGCCCAGAUUCUGUUGGAGUUCAAGGCAAACAAGGAUAAAGCUGAUAUCAGUGGAACAACUGCCUUGCAUGCCGCCUCUGAGAAGGGUCAUGUUGGAGUCUUGCGUGUAUUGCUGAAAGCACGGGCAGAUACAGAGAAACCCGACACCAAUGGUCUGACUCCGUUGCGCGCUGCUGCUGGUGUGGGCCGCUUGUCAGCGGUUCAGGACUUGGUGGCCCAUGCCGCAAACAUCAACAAGGCUUGCAGCAUCGGGAUCACGCCAGUUCAUGCGGCUGCAGACCGUGGACACCUCCAAGUUGUGGAUGUUUUAAUCUGCAGCCGUGCAAACUUGAACCAAGGAGACCUUCACGAGAGCAACCCGUUGCAUGCCUCAGCUGCGGCUGGGCACCUAGAGGUGGCACGUUUGCUGGUUGAAGGUCGUGCAGAUUUUCAUCUGGGGAACGUGCAUGAUGUCAGCCCGCUGCACGUGGCGGCAGGGCAGGGACAGGCUGAGGUCGUACAACUUCUGGUGCAGGCUGGCGCGGAAAAGAACAAAGCAAAUUCCUUGGGAGCGACUCCUUUGCGUUGUGCUGCUGAACACGGGCACAGGGAUGUGGUGAGCUUCUUGCUUGACAUGCAUGCAGACAUCAUGAUUGGGGACAACAGCCAGACCAUUCCACUGCAUGCAGCUGCUGCACAAGGUCACCUUCACAUUGCUGAGCUUUUGGUGAGGUUCAAAUCUGAUGUGAACCACCGAAAUCAGGAUGGGAUUACGCCUUUGCAUGCUGCCAUCAGUCGGGGUGACCCUGAUUUGGUCCACUUCUUGAUGGGUUGCAGGGCCCAUCCUGAACAAGCAACCCUCAAGGGAGAUAGGCCUCUACAUGCUGCAGCAGAGCGAGGCCACGCAGGCUUGGUUGACAUCCUUCUGCGAGCGCGGGCAGACGCGAACUGUGCCAACCACGGCGGUUCUUCUCCACUUCAUGCAGCUGCAAGUCUAGGUCGUUUGGAGGCCGCACGGACCUUGGUCCAAGCUGGCGCUGACAAGGAGAUGCCCAACGCCGUAGGGGUAACGCCGCUGCGUGCAGCAGCGCGGCAGGGAAGCUUUGAGAUGAUCUGCCUGUUGGUGGAGGCUGGCGCGAAGCAGGUCUUCUUAGAGGACAACGCUGCAGAUCAUCAGCUACAACUGAGCAAAAGGGGUCACUAGCUUGCUCAACUGUCCUCCUGUACAUAUGCCACAAGAUCACGUGAGCCUUUUGAAGGCCUUUGUGGUCAGAGCCUGUGUGGCUCAAAGAGUUUUCGUUUCAAUUUUUAUCAGAAUCAUGCGGAGAGAGAAGAGACGCACAGUGCAAAUUCGUG